CCCUUUGAAAAUACCUUUGACCUUGUUUACAUUCUGACAAUUCAUUCCGAAAAUAUCAUCAUUUCAGACAUUAACAUUUGUCAUUUGACAGUUAAAAUGGAGUUGUUUGGAGGUUAACGUAUCACACUCCUAGUGAUCUGAUUAAUUGUGUGCUGUUGUGUAAUCUAAAAGGAAAAGAUUUUGUAAGACAUAGGAACAAAGAAAAUUAAGGGUGACUGUUGCAGAAUGUUCAGUUUUGGACGCAUUUUCAAAAGUUGUAGUGGCGGAUGUCAGUUGCUGUGGAGCGAUCCAAAUAAGCAAGCAGGGGCAUAUGAUGCCGUAAACAAGGACGACAAAGAAGAGAUCGAUGAAUUAGACUUAGAGCUGCUGUCAACUUCUGACGCUGUUUUGUCACAGCCACAUGGGGGAAGAAGAGCAUCAUGGUCUCUUGACAUGGAAUCCCCAAUCGUCAGAAACCAUGCACCUAUAGUCAAAAAUGCAUCUAAAGCCUCAUCACUAGAGAGGAACCAAUCAUUCUCUGGACAGAAUUCUUCGUCUAUUGUCAAAACAAGAACACCUCCUAGAGACGCAUUCACGAUUUCAAACUCUCCAAUUGUCAAAAAUAAAACCCCGCCAAAAAAAUCUACGAAUAAAACUUCUACUGUCGCAAAAACGAGAACUACUCCUAGAAAUGCCUUUGAAAAUUCGACGCCUUCAGUUGAAGUUUCUGGAAAUGACAAUACCGAAAAACUGGUGAGCGCAUCAACUCCAGACUUAAGUUCAAAGUCUACAGAAUAUGGACCAAAAAUUCAUUCGUCAAAAUCAUCGAAGAAGGUCAAAAAAUCAAAUUCUGAGCUUGCACUUCAGGUUGUUUCCGUUGUGUAAAUUAAUAAUCAAGAUUUUUUGUUUUGUUUUUAUAGUGUCGAACUUUAUAAAGAUUUUUAAUGAGAUUAGAAAAAGUGCCAAAUUCAGGAAAGGUUUCUAUACUUGCAUACAUUGAAAGGUGCUAAGAUUUGACAUGGUAUUGUAACAAGCAUGCACAGGUUUGCAAUUUUGCAUCAGUAUUUUGAUGUUGUCCACGUAUUUUACUCCUGCAUACAAUAACAUAUUUUAAGAUUUGUUGACUAAUGUGCCUUUGUCAUUCAAUUUGGAAUGUUCCAUUCCAAUAUCUGAAAGAUCUCAUAUAGUUCACAAUCAUUGUCAUAAAUUACUUAUCCUUUGUGGUUACGACAUUUAUGAAUAUUAUUAUUAUAGUUUCAAAUUUAUAAAAUAAAACUCAGAUGUUUCAUAUUUUUACAAGAAAGGAUGUCCUUUAUGAAAAACAAAAUUGUUCUACGAGCCAUCGAUUCUGUGUCAACACAGUUAAAACAGUUUAAAUCAAUAAUGUUUUUAGUCAUUUUAGCUGUCUCAUGCGCUAAAUAAAGGUUGGUCAAUGAUUUUAUAUGGACAGAUAAAUCAAGUGCUUUUUUGGAAAUUUACAUUUGCUAAAAGUAGGUAAGCGGAUAAAUUGCCUAGUUUGUUUAUCUUUUAAAAUGUUAAAAGAUUUGUAUAAAGUUGUACAUAUAAUACAAAUGAUUCAAAAAUCAGAUAAAGUCCCUAACUAUAUGCAGUUGAGUUGAAAAUGAAAACAAUUGAGUCCUUGGCUUUCAGGGGUGUUUGUGUUGAUAUGCCAGACAUUCAGGUAGAUUAGCCAUAUAUAUUCCUAACGAUUUUGUUUUUUUCAUUUAUUUAUUUACCUGUAUAACUGGUUUAUAAUUUAAGGUUUUCUUUAGAAUGGUUUUACCUCUUUUGACGGAAAUAUGGUUCAUUCACGGGGAAAUUUAUGAUAACUAUAUUUACUAUCUUCGCUGCAUACCCGCUAAUAAAUAAUGAUAAUGUAAGGAAGCUAUAUAUAUAAAUAAGAAACAUUGCAGCGAAGCUCAUUUAGUAUAAAACAUUCAUCUGUGUAUAAUGAUGCAAGUGGCUUUUAUUGGUAACAUUAUAAUUUACAUAUAGGUAAUUAAAUUCUAUUGAAUAAUGACUGAAAAAAAAUAUGUUUACUUCAUUAUAUUUCAUUCCUGAUAAUUCAAUCAAUAUAAACAGACCAUAACGAUUUUAAUAUUUUGUAUGAAUAAUGUAAAUAGUUUUUAAAUGAAUUUAUAUGUAUCAGUUUAUCAUUUCCAAUGAAGGUAUGUAUUUUAUAUAAUUGUACCGCGUAUAUACCGUACAAGUCUUUCAGGAUUAUAACUAAGAUUCCAUUUUCUAUAUUUGAAUCACGACACACUUAUAGAGUUUACAUAUCUAUUUAGAGCAUCUGCGUUUUCUAAAGUGAUGGGAAAUCAAAAUUAUUGCUGCGACAUUCCAUGUGAUUUCUCCCUUUUUAUACAUUGAUUACUGGUUUUUUAGACCCUACGAUCUAACACUUUCUUGUCAGAACAUUGAAUUUUAACAUUUAUAAUACGUAAUAAUCAACACCCCAAAAGAAGAGGAAGAAUUUUCAUUCAACAGAUUAUGGCCCCAGGAGGGCUUAUAACAUUCAACAAAUACGAUUAUAGAAAUACUUGUACAUGCCAAAGAUAUGAUUUAACAAAUAAACUACAUUGUUUUAAAUGUUUAGUCCCACUUGUCUUCUUCGUUGUUUACUGUAAAACUACUCACGGAAGUUGCUUACGAUAUACAAAUAAGUUUGAACAAGAUGAAACAUAAGAAAAAGGCAUACGAAUUAACUAUAAGCGAAUGACAUUAAUCAGAGACACAUCCUAUUGUACUAUAUGUCCCUGUCUGAACUUUCUUUCCCAGAAAAAAAACCCAAACACUUCAACAAUUCCAUACUGUAUACAUUCACUUACGGUAAAUAAUGUCACAUUAUUAUGUAAUGUAUUAAUAUAUGCUUCACACUGAAAGCUGGAUAAUAUAUUGCUGAUUUUUAUAUAUUAUUUUUAAUAAAUGUCUUCACGUUGUAAUUGGCACAUUUGAUUAAUAAUUUUUUUUCAGUUUCACAUUGUUGCCGACUUAAUAAUCCGAAGAUUGACAAAAUGUAUCAAGUUUUAAUUAUCAUGUUAUGUUAUCAUUUUUAAUAAAUGUGUACUUUAA